UGUCAUGUUGAAUCAGCUCCCUCUUCAUUCAACCUAUAAUGGACCCAGUUGUCAGACGGAAAAUCCCAGCCUGCAUUCGAACUUUGCUUACCGAUAUUGGGCCAAAAGAGGAGCAGACCUGGAAUGACUGGACAGACACGGAGCCUGAAACUUUGAGCAGGGAUGGGAUUGCACUUCCUAAGAGAGGAUCAUCGGAUUCCUCUGAGCUUUUGACUCCGGCUGGUGUAAAAGAAGAGAGUGGAGGGGGCAAUACUGGAGAUGCAGUUUCAUCUAAAAGAGUGUGUGGGCUUUGUUUGUCCAAACCUGCAAGUUACACGUGUCCCAGAUGCAACAUACAGUAUUGCGGACUGGCUUGCUACCGGAGUCCGGAUCACUCCGGAUGCUCUGAGGAGUUCUACAAGGAGUCUGUCUUUCAGGAACUGAAAACCCAGGGCAUGACCGAGAAGGAGGGAAGAGUGAAGAUGCAGGAGAUUCUUCUGAGACUCAGACAGAAUGCAGAGGGGGAAGGAGGGUUUGAGAACGCAUUAAAUGAAGUGGAGGGCACAAGGGGCAGUAGUGGGACACGAGAAGAUGCAGAAGGGUUGGAACUCCUCUCGAGGUUAGCAGAGAUACAAGCCUCUGGGGAAGAGAGGGGGGAGGAGGUGAGGGACAUAUUGAUGAAACUCAAAGAGCUUGGAGAAGGGAGUUUAGGGGAUGAUGAAGAUGAUGAGGAAGAAGAUUUAGCAGAGAAGCUUUCAGGACUUAAUAUUGAUUCUCUUUCAGAGGAAGAACUAUGGGCACUCUUACCUUCUAAGGAUAAGGAAAAAUUUGAGGGGCUGAUAAAGGGAGGAGGAGCUGGAGGUCUCGUUCCUUUGUGGAAUCCUUGGUGGGAGAGACAUGAAAAAACGAAAGAAACUCUUAUCGAAGAGAUUGAACAGGACGGGCACGAUGAAGCGACGGAAAAAGACGACGUCCCUAAAGAUGCAGCAGUGACAGCUCUACGCGACUCAGAGACGUUCAGAAACGACGAGUGUAGAGAGGUGGAAGAGGCAUUAUCGCAUUCAUUAAAAGAAGGAGCGGUCGGCAAUGAAAGCGCCGGUCUGAAAAGGCAGGAAAAACAUGCUGCCGGCGGUGAAGCGGCAAUAAAACAAACCCCGAAGAAGAAGCAGAAGAACAUAAAGAAAGAAGCGGGAGACCGAGCAAAAGGAACAAAGUCUUCCGGUGGUGCUGUGCCCCCCGUAAGUGUCCGCAUCCCACCUCUCUCUACUCUGACAUCGCGUCCAUCCCCCCUCGUGAAAUACAGCCUCGUCAACGCUCUGUACGGAUACACUUUCUCCUUGCGUCUUUUCAACGGCGACCUCUCAGAACCGGAGCACAAACAGGACUUCUGCCAGGCUGUUUUAGCCAUCUCUGAGUCCCUGGGCACCGGUCAAAUUUUCAACACCCUCCACGAAUCGCUUGAGGCUGCAGUGACAGCAGUGUCUGCUCAAGGAUACUUUGACCGAGAAGACCCGGGUGCUCCAGCACGGGCCAUAGAGGCUGUGGCCCAUGUUCUGUCCGGGGAGACCAGACAGGAUCCUGUAGGUUAUUCUCUGGCUGCGUUGUCUCAACUCAGAGAGACUUUAUCCAAGACAAGAGGCUCCAUUCCCAAAGAGGAGGAAGACAGGAGACGGAAAUUUUUCCUGGCUGGGAAGAAGUGUGAAUUUCUUCAGUCGUGGGUAAAAGAAAAUUCUCAGGUGGUGAGAAGUCUGGCAGUAGGACUAUGGAGAGAGCACAAGAGAAGAGAGGGAGAAAGAGGGAUGUUAGAAAGAGAAAAGAGGUAUUUCGAGGAGGGCAGGAACAAAGGAAUAGGCCGUGGAAAUGGAGUGUUAAUAGAAGAGAGAGACUAAAUGGAGUCAAAUGGUGAUGUUUUUACGAGAACGAUCAUCUCAGCUG